UUGGAGCACAUAGAAUUUGCCUGGGAAAUUUCUUUGUUUUGAAAUUUACCGUUUGUGAUAACACCAGCUCAAUGAAGAUGAAGGCAUUAGUCGCGACUGUGAUCAGUCUUGCGCUUACGACUGUGGUUAUAGGCAAUGCCUACUACCAGAAGAAGCAGUUUUAUCCAUCGAUAGUGUACCUAACAAAUUCUAAUCCUAGUAUGGCUGUAAUGUACUUGCAAGCCUUUAUAUUAGUGUUGCUCAUUGGCAAGGUACUGAGGAAGAUUUUCUUUGGACAAUUGAGACCUGCGGAGUUUGAGCACUUAAUAGAGAGAUCCUGGUAUGCAAUAACAGAGACAUGCCUGGCGUUCACAGUGUUCAGGGAUGAUUUUAACCCCAAGUUUAUUGCACUCUUCACCUUGCUUCUAUUCCUGAAAGCAUUCCAUUGGUUGGCCGAGGAUAGAGUUGAUUAUAUGGAAAGGAGCCCAGUCAUUGGAUGGCUGUUCCACGUGAGAAUACUGACUCUGCUCGGUCUCCUGGCCCAAGCGGAUAUAUAUUUCAUUCACCAUGCAUAUCAGUUCACAACUUCAAAAGGACCCUCAGUGCAACUAGUGUUUGGCUUUGAGUAUAGCAUUUUGAUCAUUAUGAUUUCCAACAUUUUGAUCAAGUACGUACUCCAUGCCAUCGACUCGCGCUGGGAAGCCCCAUGGGAGAGUAAAGCGGCAGUACUGCUGUACACAGAAUUGGCUAUCAACUUCCUUAAAGUUCUGCUUUACGUCGGAUUUGUAGCUGUCAUGGUCCGCAUCUAUACCCUGCCGCUUUUUGCUUUCCGGCCAAUGUAUGAGACUAUGAGGAGUUUCAAGAAAGCGUACAACGAUGUGGUACUAUCGCGUCGAGCGAUUCGCAACAUGAACACGCUGUACCCCGAUGCGACACCUGCCGAACUCGCGAACGCCGACAACGAGUGCAUCAUUUGCCGCGAAGAAAUGCAUACGGGUGCGAAGAAACUGCCGUGCAAUCAUAUCUUCCACGCAGCGUGCUUGCGGCUGUGGUUCCAGCGCCAGCAAACGUGCCCGACGUGCCGGCUGAACGUGUUACGUGCUCCGGCACCGGAGCCAAUACCCAACGCUCCGGUCCACGCGCCCAACGUUCCCCACGUGGCUCACGCGCCUCUACCGCCUCACACACCCAACAUACCUGCUAUGCCGCCUAUGCCGCCCGGCAUGCCGCAGCCCCCGCCCUUCCCUAAUAUACCGCCGCCGCCACCUCCUAUGAUGGCAUGGGGAGUGCCUCCGCCGCCGCCGCCGCGGCCCGCAACUUUGGCUAAUCUCUCUACCGCCGAGCUGCUUCGUAUGGAAGGCACCGAACGACGCAACAUAGAAGCUAGGUUACAGCUUCUCCGUGAGAUCCAAUCAAUGCUGGACGCGUCGGUAUUGCUGAUGCAGCAGUACACCUCUGUGGUGUCCGGCCUGCCACCGCAGAACUGCUCCAAUGUUGCCACGCAAACCGAGAUGUCACGAACAGAACCUGAGCCGUCGCCUGCGAAGGUGAAAGUGGAGCCCGAAGUAGCGCAGACCACGUCUGCGAACGUCAAAACGUCGCCGUCGCACUCGCCCGUGCCCUCUACGAGCAGAGCUUUAAAAGACGAGUUCGAGGCCGAUUCCUCCACUUUUGAAAUUUUGGACUCUGACAGAGAUAAGACUGAUGCGGACGCCGAGGAGCUGCGAAGACGUCGACUGCAGAAAUUUGCUAUGGAUAAAUGAGCUUAUGUUUAACGAACUUUGUUCCACUCUCCAAAACUUACUAUUUAAUGUACAAAGUGUUUCGG